CCAGUGGCAUCUCAGCUGAGAGUCGUGCCGUGUCGAUCCCCCUUCUUGAUACGCGAAGGAGCAUCUACUACGCCAGCGUCAUGAACGCCGUUUUCUCAGUCGCCUUUUUGCUCGUGGCGUCGAUGUGCGUCGUGCACGCCGGCUAUCCAGCGCUGCUGCCGUACGGCUACGGCUACGGAGCCGCACACGCCCUCGUGGUGCCCAAGGUGGUUGCUCCCGUGUACACGCCAGUUGUGGCCAAGGUGCCCACGGCCGUCAGCUACUCCUACUUCCACGCCGUCCACCCGCCACCGGUGAUCAAGCUGCACGCAGCACCAGCCCUGGUGAAGCUGCCAUACGCGCCGCUCUACCACUGAGGGACAAGCACGACCAUCCCCCACCUGCUAAACGCAUGGAACCAAGCCUGUCAGUUUCCACGACCUCGCUCCAGACGGCGCUCGAAGCUCGGCAACUGGGACUCGCCUGUGUACCCGGCGCCUCGGUCCACGGACGCGGUGAGAAGUCGACGCAAACUGCGCGUCUGGCCAAUCUGCAGCACGUCAUCAAUGUAUAAAGUCGCCUGAAUAAAAAAAAAUAUGCCACGAAUAAUCUCCUACGACAGUUGU